CCGACGUCCACUCGUUCAAUAAGCAGUUUCCGCAUUCCGCCAUGUGACAAGCACUCUUCGACUCGCAAGAGUCUCUGCUUCACUGUUUGCACACUCCUGCAGAUCAUAUCCCUCCUUUCUAUGAACCAUGUCCACAUCAGCCCUCCUUUCCUCAAUCAGAAUGGCCUCCCGUCCCCAGCAGCGUCUCGCUUCACUACAACGACAAUUCAGCACCUCACGGCCUGCGAACAGGGAGGUCAGGGAUGCCUAUAUUCUGAGUGCUUCGAGGACACCUACCGGCGUUUUCAAUGGAUCCUUUACCACAGUCCCAGCCCCGCAACUUGGCGCCAUAGCCAUCAAAUCCGCCGUCGAGAAAUCGAAAGUGCCCAUUUCCUCCAUAGACGCUGUAUACAUGGGCAAUGUGCUAAGCGCAGGUGCGGGUCAAGCUCCUGCUCGACAAGCUGCCAUUUUCGCUGGUCUGCCUACUAAUAUCGAGGCUACUACGGUCAACAAGGUGUGUGCCUCUGGUCUCAAAGCUGUUACCAUUGCCGCGUCGACAAUCCAACUAGGCCUCGCGGAAGCACAGGUUGCUGGAGGGUUUGAGAACAUGACGCGAGUGCCAUAUUACCUCAGCCGAGCAAGCCAACAGCCUCCAUUUGGCCACCAGAAACUGGAAGAUGGAUUGAUCGGCGAUGGACUGUGGGAUGUAUAUAACCAGAUCCACAUGGGCAAUUGCGCGGAAAACACGGCCAAGAAGUUCGAAAUAUCAAGAGAAGAACAGGACGAAUUCGCCAUCUUAACAUACAAGCGUGCACAAGAAGCCUGGAAGGCUGGACAAUUCAAAGACGAAAUCGUGCCCGUAACCGUCAAAUCUCGGAAGGGCGAGACGAUUGUAUCAGAAGACGAAGGCUACAACAAGCUCAAAUUAGAAAAGGUUCCCACAUUGAAGCCCGCCUUUGUGAAAGACGGCAGUGGCACUGUAACAGCGGCCAACAGCUCUGCAUUUAGCGACGGCGCAUCAGCCCUCGUACUCGGAAGCAAGGAAAUAGCACAGCAAUAUGGGAAAGACAGUCGGGUUCUCGCACGCAUCAUCACCUACGCUGAUGCUGCCAUUGAUCCGAUCGACUUCCCCAUCGCCCCUGCUUCCGUAGUCAAGAAACUGCUUUCCCAAUCAGGGCUUUCCAAAUCCGACAUCGCCGUCUGGGAAUUCAACGAAGCGUUCGCUGCUGUCAUAAAAGCGAAUGCCAAGAUCCUCGGUCUGGGUGUUGACAAGGUAAACCCCCGAGGCGGCGCCAUCGCCUUAGGCCAUGCGCUCGGCAGCUCAGGGAGCCGGAUAUUGGUAACACUGUUGCAUCAACUGGAAGUUGGACAAUAUGGUGCUGCAGUGAUUUGCAACGGAGGUGGUGCGGCGACGGGCAUUAUUGUACAGAAACUGAGUCCGAGUGACCUCUAGUGACUAUGUAGAAAGUGGAGCUGAUUACCUACA